AGCAGAGACAGCUCAUUGUGAAGCCUUUUCUGUGUGUGGGACGGCACAUGUUGCUAAUGUUGAUUGUCCCCGUGCGCAAUGUGUCAGUUCCAGACUCGCAGAGCACAGCAAACCAGCAGAAGGGGAAGCAGAUCCAGUUUAGACGCCUCGAGACUUUUGUUCGAGAUUCGUGGCGCAAGCACCGAGAUGACACCCGGCUGCAGCGCAUGGAGCACAGACCUGGGCAGGCAGCUGCUCCUCAGGAGCACAAACUGGCCUUCGUCGUCAGAAUUGCGGAUAUUCAGGGAGUGACUAAGAGGGUAGAAAAAGUGAUUGAGUUGCUGCGGCUGAAGAAGAAUUUCACUGGGGUGUUUGUUAAGCUGACCCCGUUAUCGCUGAAGAUGCUGAGGAUUGUGGAACCUUACGUAGCGUGGGGACACCCUAACCUGAAAUCUGUACGAGAGCUCAUCCUGAAACGGGGCCAGGCCAAGAUCAAGAAAAAGAAGGUUCCUCUGACAGACAAUAUGCUGAUAGAAGAACAUUUAGGGAGCUGUGGUAUUAUUUGCCUGGAAGAUCUUAUUCACGAAGUGUGCUCAGCUGGGAAGCAUUUCAAAAGAGUCACAAGCUUUCUGUCUCCGUUCCACCUGUCGGUGGCUCGCCAUGCCUCGCGUAACAAAGUGGGCUUCCUCAAGGAAAUGGGCAAGCCUGGAUACAGAGGUGAAGCAAUCAACCAGCUUAUACGUCAGCUCAACUAG